AUGUCAGCUACCACCCUGCAAAUAUCCCUCACUGUCAUAGCGAUUGCAGACCUAAAGGAAAUUGAAAAUGUAGUCCACGGUGCGAGCAUCAAGCUUGCAGCAAAAAUGUUUUACGAGGUGGCAAAGGGAAAUGCAGACAAAAGCUUUGUUUUAUCAGCAUACUCUGUCUUGUCACCGCUUGCUCUCUUUAGUUUAGCUGCUAGAGAAAAAACUCAAGAUGAACUUUGGGACGUCAUUGGUACAAAUAAUGACAGUUUUACUAAAGAAGUGUAUGAUUGGAAGUAUAAUAGAGUGAAAUCCUUAAAAGGGGUUACACUGAAAACAGCAAGUAAGAUUUGCUUAGCUCUGAACUAUGACGUUUACACAGAUUUUGGUAGGGGCAGAUGGGACUCUUUUGGUACUGAGUUGGUAGAGGAGCGCACCAAUCAUAUGAUUAAAGAUAUAAUUAGUGCUGAUGAUGUGGACUUAUUCACCCGAGGUCUAUUAGUCGACGCAGUUUAUUUCAAGAACACUUGUCAGGAAAACUUAAUUAACAAAUCCAAUCAAACUGUAACUGUAGCCGAAAUACAACAGAGUUAA